GACCAACAGCGACCAUGACAAUGACCAAUGAUGGUGAACAACGAUGGUGAGGAUGACGAUGACCAUGGCUGACCAUGACCAUGACCAACGAUGGUGAGGAUGAUGAUGACGAUGACCACAUGACCAUGACCAGUGACCAUGACCAGCAAUGCUGAGGGUGACAGUGACUGACAGUGACAGCGAUGAUGAUGAUGACACCGAUGACAUCACUGAUGAUGAUGAUGAUGCUGAUAACGUCACCAAUUACAAUGACACUGAUGACAUCACCAAUGAUGAUGAUGACACCAAUGACAUCACCAGUGAUGACACCGAUGACGUCACCAAUGACGAUGACUCCGAUCGCGUCACCAAUGACAAAACUAAUGACGCCUCCAAAUGACAUCACCAAUUACAAUGACACUGAUGACAUCAUCAGUGACAAUGACACCGAUGAUGAUGACACCGAUGACAUCACCAAUGACAGCACUGAUUAUGGUAAUGACAUUGAUGAUGUCACUAAUGACAAACUAAUGAUGUCACCAAAUGACAUCACCAAUGACGAUGACACCGAUGACGUCACCAAUGACAAAAAAAUGACAUCAAAUGACAUCACCAAUUACGAUGACACUGAUGACAUCAUCAAUGACAAUGACACCGAUGAUGAUGACGACACUGAUGACAUCACCAAUGACAUCACUGAUUAUGAUAAUUACCUUGAUGACAUCACUAAUGACAAACCAAUGAUGUCACCAAAUGACAUCACUGAUGACAAUGACACCAAUGAUGAUGAUGACACCGAUGACAUCAUCAAUGACAUCACCGAUGAUGAUGAUGAUGACGACGACACCAAUGACGUCGCCAAUGACAUCACCGAUGAUGACGCCGCCAAUGACGUCACCAGUGACAUCACCGAUGAUGAUGAUGAUGAUGAUGAAGACACCGAUGACAUCACCGAUGAUGAUGAUGAUUAUGACAACACCAAUGACGUCACCAAUGACAUCACCAAUGAUGAUGAUGACGACACCAAUGACGUCACCGAUAAUGUCACCGAUGAUGAUUACAUCAAUUACAUCACCAAUGACAUCACCGAUGAUGAUGAUUAUGACACCGAUGACAUCACCAAUGACAUCACCGAUGAUGAUGAUUAUUACACCGAUGACAUCACCAAUGACGUCACCGAUGAUGAUGAUGAUGAUGAUGACACUGAUGACAUCACCCAUGAUGAUGAUGAUGAUGAUGAUGACGACGACGACACCGAUGACGUCACCGCCGCCGCCCCGCCGCGGGGCCAGGCCCCUCCCCCACCCCGUGCAUGUUUAUUGAACUCAUUCCCGCCCUUUUCUCCCCAAAAUCCGCCCUCGAUCCGAAGGCUUCGUUAACGAAUUCAUUAACCCUGAACCCGUUAAUUAACAGCAAAGCUCAGGCAGCUCCCGGCCUUUCCCUUCCCAGUGUCCGUCCGGAUUCUCCCGGGAAUUUCCCGGCGCCGUCGCUUGGACUUCCAGGAUAAAACAUCCAUCGGAUUUUUGGGGUGAAUUCCCGGGAAAAUCGGGAUAAAAUCACCGGAAUUCCGUUCUCCCGCCCUGCGGGGCCGCGGGGGGUUCAGUUUGGGGUGAGAAAAGUCGGAUUUGGGACGGUUUUGGGUUUUUUUUUUUCUGAGAUUUUUCGGUUUUGUCGUUUUUGCUUCCGUUGGGUGGGAAAAGAAGAAAAAAAAAAACAGGAAAAAUCCUGAAAAUCCCAAAAAUCCCAGCUUGGAUCCGUGCAAAAAUUCCCAAAAAUAAAAAAAAAUAGCUGUAAAGCCCCGGCUCUUUUCCUGCAGAAAUAAAUCCCUCUCCAGUGGAA